UGUCGUCAGGAAAUGUCAAACAUGUUCACAGCGUCUUUCCAAGAAUUCUUAAGAUGAUCGUUUGCAGAGAGUAAUUAAACAAACGCACUAAAAUGCGGCUCUUUAGGGAAACAAUUCUGCGUACGCUCCAGGUGCACGCAGUGAGACAGUACACCACAUCGCCACCUGUAAAACCAGUAAAGCUGGCAUAUGCCACAUACCAGGAGACCAACCUGGAAGAAUCAGACACGCCUGUUCUAAUUCUUCAUGGCUUAUUUGGAUCAAAGACAAACUGGCAAACUAUUGCCAAGGCAUUUAGCAACACAGGCAGGAAAAUUAUCACUGUUGAUGUGCGUAACCAUGGUGAGAGUGAGCACAGUCCACACAUGACGUAUGAACACAUGAGUGCUGACGUGGAGCAGCUAAUGGGAGAUCUUCACCUCAAGAAGACAGUUCUGAUUGGUCAUAGCAUGGGCGGGAAAAUUGCCAUGACUUUAGCUCUUACCAAGCCUGAUUUAGUUGAUCGUCUGAUUGUGGUUGACGUUGCCCCGGUGAUUAGUGUCCAGGCCACGGUUCUGCAGUCUUACGCGGAUACUAUGAGAGAAGCGGAUAUCCCUGUGAACAAUACCUUGUCCCGGGCCAGACACACUGUGGAUAAACAGCUGCAGAAAGUGGUGUCGGAUCCAAACGUGCGGCGUUUCUUGUUGAUGAAUUUAGUGAUGGACGGGGAGAAAGUCAAAUGGCGGCUGAACAUUGAGGGGAUCCUGUCAAACUACGGCCGUAUUCUAGGCUUCCCCCUCUUCACAAAUCCUUUCGAAGGCCCAACUUUCUUCAUAGGGGGAGGAGACUCCAACCAUAUCAGUGAAAAGGAGUAUCCAGAUAUUACUCGGCUAUUCCCAUUGGCUGAAUUCUUGCACAUAGAGGGCGCUGGUCACUGGGUUCACUCAGAAAAACCUGUCGAGUUUGUGAGGGCCGUUUUACAGUUUUUAGAAAAAACAAAGAAAUCCACUUCUUAACAUUGCUUUUUAAUGUAUAUGUUAUUGAAAAGAAUGGCAGAAUGGGUAUAGGAAACAAAGAGAGAUUUUUUGAGCUUGUGUGUUUGAGGGCAUAGUUUGUUCAGAUGGACAUCGUUCAGUUGUUCGAAAGUGUAUUAGAACUUAAUCCCGGGGUUAAUGUUAAUCCUGACUAAAGUGUCAUUUACAUGGUAUUGGAAUGAGACUGGUAUUAAGACUUAAUCCUGGAUUAACUUUUAUACACUUUUGAACAACUGACCCCAGAUGUCAGAGAUGCAUGAACAUUUAAAGACUUUUCAGUAUGAACAGUACUGAGGAGGCCCGUGUUGGAUCAGUCAUCUGAAGUGCAGACACCAGUCCAUUGACCAUUGAGAUUGCUUGCUCAAAAUCAGGCAGUUCUUGUUUCUAUGUAACUGUUCUUUUUUUUGGAUAUGAAUUAUCCUAAAUGACCUAGAGUUUCGUCCACAACAGUGCACUUUUACAGGCAAAUAAAUGUCACAAAAUAUUAGUUUUGGUGCUGAAACAUACAAUUUUCCAGUAGAAUACCAUCCCAUGUUUGAAGGAAAGCUUAAAACACCUUUCCAAAAUCAAUAAAACUCUCAGAAUCAGGAAAAAUUGGCAGGUUACUUGUGGACGAAAUUUAUGAUCAUUUAGGGUAAGUGUGAAAAUAUUAUGUUAUGUUUAAAAACAAAGUUAUCAUUAAACAAAACUAUGGAAAAAAGGAGAAGGUGUAAAGAAUAAUGGCAUGUGGUACAAAUGGACUGGAGUAAAUUGUGUGAUGCUUGGUGGGGCUUUCAAUCCCGCACAGUCCAAACGGUCAGUAAUAACAGUAUUUUCACAGUAGACUUUUCAUGCAUACUGUGACUCUGGUCAACAAAACAGCUGUAGAAAGUACAUAGUCUACUCCUUGUCACAAAAUGUUCAUGGAAUAAUGACUACUAAAAAGAACAGGGGGUUCCUCUCACCUCUCACCAAUGCAGUCACUGUUUUCAAGUUCACCACAAGCUGGCUUCCUGUCUGGUCAUACAUGGGAAGGUCUGCCAGCAACCUGCAGAUGGCUGUGGGUUUCCCCUGGUCUCUGUCUGGUUUCCUCCCAUCGUAUUAAAUGUUGGCUGCCAUCAAAUAAACCCGGUCUAGUCAAUAAAUCAAAGCCAUGAAAAUGGAAAAGUUGGUCAUGGCCUAGAUACUUGUCUUUCAAUCGCUGUGACACAUAGGUUGAUGGUUCAGUGCCAGCAUCAGGUAGGGUAUUUUAGAGAUUUCUUUACUUUUCACUGUUCUUAGAGUUAUGGUGGCAAGGAGUUUGUAGAGACAUGAGGUUGUCUUACACGAAGUUCAUAGGAAAUGACUUGCCUUCCACCAGUAUGACAUACACAUUGAGCUUAGUCUGUGGGUCGAGGGCUGAGCUUAGUCUGUGGGUCGAGGGCUGAACUUAGUCUGUGGGUCGAGGGGCUGAGCUUAGUCUGUGGAUCGAGGGCUUAGCUUAGUCUGUGGGUCGAGGGCCUCUGUGGCUGGGUGGUUGGCAAGACUUCAUUGCAAAAUGACCCAGGAACCUCCGUGGCUGGGGUGGUUAGCACGCCAGAAGCCUCUCACCAAUGCUGUUGCUGGCAUCCCCAACGGUUGUAGGUGGGAAGAUCUUCCAGCAUCCUGUGGAUGGUUGUGGGUUUCCCCUGAGCUUUGCACGGUUUCCUCCCACCAUAAUGCUGGCCGCCGUUGAAUAAGUGAAACAUUCUUGACUGUGGCUUAAAACACUACUCAAAUAAAUUAAUAAAUACUCAGUGUGUGAAACUGUUAUAUUAAAUAUCAGACUGAUACUCUUUGCUAGUACUCAAUCUAGUGAUGUUAAUGAGGACUUUCUAUGUAUUUUAUUUAUAAAUUAUUACUUUGAUUGGUGUUUAAUGUCGUGAAUAAGAAUUUUUUAUUUAAGUAUGACAUUUGUUUGGUUUAUGAGGUAUCGUAUGCUUUACUAAAGCCAAAAAAGCUGAUACCCUGGACCCAAAUGUUAAGUUGAUUGAUGCAAUGUACUGCUAAGUAAUCAGUGAUCAAGACGGCUAUACUUCUUGUAGGGUUCCAUAGUUGUUGUUUGUUCAGCUAUUUAGGCUUAGGAAUGAACGAUGAUGGCUUAAUGGUAUUUAGGAUCAGGAUAAGACCAUUUCUUCAUUGAGGGAGUUUACACAAGUAAAGCUUGCUGUUGUAAAGAUUUAACCAGUUUUCACUGAUUUUUGUCAUUUUGAAUUACAUAAUACUUACAUAAAAUAUUCUUUGUUGACUGUUUUACAUGUAGGAAUAUAUAAACUCAAUGUUAAUUGGCCAAAUGAAGUUAUCACAACCUGUCAGUCUAUUAGAACUUCCAUGUGAUAUAUUACAUUUACCACAUAUAGUUAUUGUAUGUAUUUUGAUUUAUGCAUAGCUUAUGGAGUAUGCAUAAUACCCAGAAAUGUGAACUAACUACAGAAAGUUACCCAGCAUAUGCAUGUCAAAUGGAGAAUAAAUUUUGUUAUAUUU